AUGGCGACCGUUGGACUCCGAACGAUGCGGAUAUGGAUGCUCAUCCUAACAUUCAUCAACCUCGUCAUUAUCAUCUCCCACUACGCCGAACAAAAGUACUGGGACAACUGGCGCAACUUCUUCGUCUACAACGGUACCGGCACUAAUAACAGCAUCAUUCUCAAGCGAGAGAAAUUCCUUCUCUGGCAGGACUGGGUUCUGAUCGUCUCGUCCUCGGCCCUCUUUCUCGCCUACAUAUACGCCUACAAGGUCAUCACUACUCGACUUCACAAGUACCUCCGGGCGUUGUUGAUGGUCAUACCAACGGUGUUGAUGUUGUUUGUGGGGAUCCAAUAUGUUCACCUGGUUCUCAAACUCGAGUUCCCGAGGAAUCACGGACCACCUUCCCCUUUUGCUUGCAAUUAUCUCAGUGGACUAGAGCGGGCCUAUUGUGGAGUGGUUGAGGCUACUUACUUCUUUGCCAUCCUCACUGGACUCUUUGGCUUGCUGGAAAUCUAUGUCACCAUCAGGAACGGACCCAUGCAGCCCAAGGAGAACCACUCGUAUGAAUCCAACGGAGGAAAUGGUGCCGGCGCAACCGUGGAAUUCGUCGGACCCUGCGAGCAGCAGACCCUGUCCCCACAGCAGUUCACUUCGUUCGCCAUCUCGGACCAACCCAUGUUGCUCUCAUCCUCAGAACAGGGCAAGGCGACAUUAGAUACACCCGAGCAACAAAAACCGACCACCCCAGCCCAACCAUCUCCAUUGCUUCAACAACAACUCCCACCAGAGCAGAUAUACGACACUCGAGCACCACUUCCAAACCCUAGCUCACACUCAGUACAAGCACAAGCAUACGAGACGUACACACCUGGGGCACAGUAUCAGCCACCACCACGACCACCUAUGCCAGACCAGAUAUAUGAUAAUCGCACACCUAUUCCAAACCAGCACUCAGUACAAGCACAAGCAUACGAGACGUACACACCUGGGGCACAGUAUCAGCCACCACCACGACUACCUAUGCCAGACCAGAUGUAUGAUAAUCGCAUACCUCUUGCGAACCCGCACUCGGUUCAGGCCUCAGCAGGACCGCCAAUAUCGUACCUACCUGCUCGUGCGCAGAUCGAGCACGAGCCCGCCUACUAUAGAAUGCCACUACCGAACCCUACUCCAGAAGAAACCGCAGCAGGACCACCAUCAGUCUACCCACCCGCGCGGAUCCAACAGGAAUUUGACAUGCGACCACCUGCUAAUGCUACCGUCGUUCGAACAGCACCAUCCCCACCCACACGGAUCCAACAAGAUGAAUACGACCAGCGUCCUCCUGCUAGUACUACCGUCGUUCAAACAGCACCAUACCACCCCACAUUGACAAAGCCCCAAAAACAAUAUGGGGUGGUUGGCAACUAUGAGCGCAAGGUGGUGGUGAGAUAG